GCCCUCCGGAGCACCAGGAAGGCGGCGCUCCGCUUCGCUUUCGCCACGCCGCCCCCUCCUACACCUACCCGCCUUCCUCUCCUUCGCAAUCACUGCUGGCAUUCAAAGCCGGCCGCCGCUGCCGCCUCCACCUUGGCCGCUUUCUCCUCCCCGGAGUCCCGCCCUGCAUGGAGAGGCGUUGCUCUCUCGCCCGCCGUCGGCGCGGCGGCUGCGUCCCUCUCCUCCCUCCUCCCAGGGAGCUUUUAAAAGCGCCUGGGUGCCUUUGCGGAGCUCGGGCGCCCGGUUCUUGAGGGGCGACGGCAGCGAGACUCGGAAGAGCAGGACGCCGCCGCCGCCGCCGCCAUGGCCUCGCCUGCAACCGCGGAGAAGUAUAUCUUGGGUGUGGACGUGGGCAGCACGGUGAUACGGUGCCAUGUUUACGACAAGGCGGCGGUGCUCAAGGGAGCCAAAGCCAUGCAGGUGGAAGUUGUUCAGCCUCGGCCAGGUUGGGUUGAACUGGAUCCUGAAAGACUGUGGAUACAAUUUGUUGGUGUAAUUAAAGAGGCAGUUCAAGCUGCUGGAGUGAAAAUGAAUCAAAUUUCUGCCCUUGGACUCUCGACACAGCGAGGAACUUUCAUUACGUGGAACAAGAAGACAGGAAAACCUUUUCAUAACUUCAUAAGCUGGCAAGAUUUGAGAGCUGCUGAACUUGUAAAGUCCUGGAACAGAUCUCUUACAAUGAAGGCAGUGCAUGCUGUUUGUUCCUUCUUUCACUUUUUCACUCGGAGUGAUCGCUUUCUGUUAGCGAGUUGCCAAACGUUCACAACACAGCAUGUCUCUUUAAGAUUGGCUUGGAUUUUACAACAUCUACAGGAGGUAGAACAAGCAAGUAAAGAUGACAAUUGCUGUUUUGGAACCAUUGACACGUGGCUACUAUAUAAACUGACCAAAGGUGCGGUGUAUGCUACAGACUACUCAAAUGCCAGUACAACAGCAAUGUUUGAUCCCUUCAAGCUGCAGUGGAGUGCGUUCAUUAGCAAGUUUCUUUCCAUUCCAAUAUCAAUUUUCCCCCCAGUGGAGGACACAAGUCAUAAAUUUGGAACAGUUGAUGCUGAGAUAUUUGGAGUGCCUAUUGCAGUAGCAGCUUUGGUGGCAGACCAGCAGGCAGCCAUGUUUGGAGAGUGUUGUUUUGAAAGAGGUGAUUGUAAGGUCACCAUGGGGACUGGUACGUUUUGGGAUGUUAACACUGGAAGCAAAAUUCACGUAUCUACGAAAGGCUUGUAUCCAGUGGUUGGUUGGAAGAUUGGGAAAGAGGUGAUCUUCUUAACUGAAGGAAAUGCUUCCGAUACUGGGAUUUCUAUUAAAUGGGCCCAAAGCUUAGGUCUUUUUACCAAUCCUGAAGAGACAUCAAAAAUAGCCCAGAGUCUAGUAAAUUCAGGAGGCGUUUGUUUUGUUCCAUCUUUUAGUGGAUUGCAGAUCCCAAUGAAUGACCCUUUUGCAUGUACUUCUUUUAUGGGGAUCACAUCUUCCACCACCAAAAAACAUCUUGUUCGAGCUGUGUUGGAAUCUAUAGCUUUCAGAAACAAACAGCUUUAUGAUACCAUCACAAGAGAGAUGGACAUCCCACUUACGUCCAUUCGAGCUGAUGGAGGUGUCAGUAAAAAUAAUUUUAUAAUGCAGAUGACGUCUGAUCUGAUUAACAAAACAAUAAACAAGUCUGUUUGUACAGAUAUAUCUUGCCUUGGAGCAGCUUUUCUAGCUGGCCUUGCUGUCGGAUUCUGGAAGGACAAAGAGCAACUGAAACAGCUGAGGCAAACUGACAUAGUUUUUAAGCCUCAAAAGGAGUCAGAGGAAUACGAACCAGCCAUGAGCAACUGGGUGAAAGCUGUUCAACGUUCUCUCAGUUGGUACAGCCAAACAUCAUAGAAAUGGGGUUAUUGCAAAAUGUUAAAUUAAUAUUUUAGAUUAUAUUUAUAGGACAAUGCAAACACAACUGCAAUUCUGUUUUAGAGUUCAUUUCUGCUUCUUCCGUGAGGUUAAUUAAAACAUACCAGCUGCCCCUCUGGAAGUAACCACCUUCAAGAGACUGAAUGCCAAAGUUCCCAAGGGGCGACUUCCUGUAAUAGGCAACUAAAUGUGAUGACAAAGAUACCUGAAUGCAAAAGUCCUAGCUGAUUUUUUUGUUCUUACAUUACUGUUGAUGUUUUACCUUAACGCAAGAAGCUUCUAUGAUAAGUGGAAAGUAGCAAAAAGCACCUUGUUCUUCCAGACUUGUGAUUUCAUCCAUGUAUCCUGAUCUGCAACCUAGCACAGAACGUGGCUGCUUGCCCACUGAGAGUUGCCUCGCAGUAAGAGGCACUGAGACAACUAAGCUGAUUGACCUCUGCUUUCAGUGAUGCUCUUCACUUCUUUAUCUGUCUGAAAUUAAAGCCUGGCCACCUGGGAGAGAUCAGCUGAAUUGCCAGAUGAUGUUGGAAAUCAGUUAGCAAUCCCCAUGGUAUAUAGGUGAGGGAAGGUUUAGGAAUCCCUGUGGCCAAAGGUAGUGAUGCAUUGCUGCUAAUGCAGAUUCUUGGGAAUCCAGAGAGCCCCAGCCUUUAAUUUUUUUUAAAUCCUAUUUAGCUGCUACACUUAACCAAUUACAGUUGAUGCUUCCAAAUCCAGAGUAGGUCAGGAUUGUCUUCUGCUCUUUUUGGAAGGAAUAUGUCACCACAUCUAGAUCUCCCCUCAGCCAGUUUAAUUUUCCCUUGUGUUCAUCUGUUUUACUUGCAUUGUUUCAAACUCUACCUCAAUGAUUGAUUUCUAUCUGCAAAUACAACCUGAAUAUAAAAUAGAUAAGGUAGAGCGUAUGUGAAAUUAUGCUUGUGCAUCUAAUGUUUUUGUCAGCAGCAUUUAAGCGCAAACCCACCAAGGGGGUUUUAAAUAGAGUACAAGGAGUUAUUCAAAGGGGAAAUUGCAGUCUACUUCCAGGUACAAUAAACUCAUGCAAUAAUUGUAUAGUUGUUGUGUGUAAUGCAGAAGUCUUUGCACAGGCUACCGCUUCUUGUUACCAGGAAAUUGCACCCACACUUCAUCAUUAUGUCACUGGGAAAGCAUUUUUCUUCCAGCUAGAAUAUGUAUAUAUUUUUUGCAGAUCAACCCUGUAUAAAAUUGUGGCCAAAGAGUUA